AUGACGGCCUUUGAACUCCAAGAGGAGACUCGAUGGCACCGUGUGAUGCCCACGAGGAAAAAACUUCAGGGCAAUACCUUCUUCAACGACAGCGACCCUUCUUCGGAGGCCUGGGGCAGAGGCCGAGCCUUGGACUUCGUGUUGGCCAAUGCAGAAUGCGAUUUGGGCUUGAUGCUGGAGUCUCCCGGGCAGUCUCCUGUGGCCUGGACUACCUUCCCGACCACCACCAGGGGCUUGGCGCCCUGGGAACGCGGCGAGGGUGAGGCCCGGCUGUUGCAGCGUGUCUGCUUGCAACUGGUCCAGGGACAGCACCCUGGGGUCAAGGUAGUCUGGCUCACCAGGAACGACUCCAUGGGCCCCGGGGAGCUCAAGAAAUACAGCCUGAUCACCACGCUGGUGAGAAGGACGAGGGAGCUCUCAGGGCCAGACCUGUCCCUGGGCAUCCUUUUAGUCCAAAUCAACGUUACUGUGCUGCGGGCCUUGGGGACCUCCUCAACUCUGCUCACCAAAGGCAGGCGGGAACUCCCGCUGUCGCCCUCUGUGCAACAAGAUGUGUUUCCGGGUGGAACCUUCAUCCAGGAAUGUCCAAGCAAGAGUAACCGACUGCUGGCCACCAAGGGCCUAGAAUGGCGUGUGGAUAACUGCGCACACCUGUGCGUCUUCACACUGCAUGCGUCUCUUCUCCAUCCUGCACUUGGCAUUGCCCCAGUGACCGAUGCCUUGGGCAGGGACGGCUUCGCUAGCACCUACAGCGCCAGACCCUGCCUCAGUGUCAUGUGCCAGCUCUUCCUGGCGCCCCAAUUGUGGUCACAGCUGGCUGACUUUUCCUUGUGCCCAGUUGUGGUCACAGCUGGCUAGGUCGGUUUGGGAUUGGAGCCGGUCAAGGGUUAUACUGAAUUGUACCUGUAG